AUGCGUCGCAGUAGUACAACGGAGCAACCAGUUCCCCCGCCAACACAGCCUCUGCCAGACGCAAACGCAGCAGUAUUGGAGCCGCCUGAAAUCGGGAACCACAGCCUCGCUAUAUUUGCUCUCAUCGGGGAUGACCUUACCCAGCCCAUGGAUGACCGGCCACGUGACCGUGUCGAAAGGGUGAAGCGAAUGCUGGACAGCCUUGACAAGCACCAGCAAGCCGUGCGGGCUACUACCAAGAAUAUCGUGGCCAGGGAGAGGCAACGUAUCGUGAGCCACGAGGUCAACUUGCAGACAAGCGGCCGGGAUCCUGGCAUCAGCCAGGAGGAAGCAGACGAAAUGAUCAAGGCCCUCAGUGCUGAGCCUGAACAAGGCACGGACUACAACAUGGAUACAAACGAUGUACCCAGAGAAGCUAUGAGAGACCUGUUUGAAGGAAGCGGGUCCCGCCGGGACAGAGAGGACAGUCUUCGACGACUCCAGCACCUCGCUGAGCAGAGUAUUUACUACAGCGACGAGUUUGAUGCGGAUAUUGGCAAAGCACGGGAGAAGUGGAAGUCAAGCUCCUCACACACUUCCAUAAUCGGAGCCGCAAUCGAUCUAGAGCACAAGAUAGAGGAAGACUCGACCAAGCUGCAAUCCCACAGAUCUUCUCCACAAGCUCAUCGGCCGGCCAAUGGAACACAGCCAAUUUCGAAAUCGUCGGGUUGGAAGAACCCGUCCAUCGUUCGGCAACUUGAGCAAAGCAAGGACCAGACGACGUCGACAAUUCCUGAAGAGCGAUUGAACUCGAACCACGACGUCUUACGCCCACCCACCACAACCGCCUCCUCUUCGCUCUCGACAUCAUCCAACCCAACCACCGUCGAGACGAUACGAUGCUGCGACAGACUCUGGCUCGUUCGGCUUGGCGGACAGGCAGGCACGCCGCCAAAGCCUCGCGAGCCUUUUCCGCCACGGCCCAGCGUCCGGCCGAGGUCGAGCUCACAAUUGGUGAGUAGCAGCUUCAAUUGCGAUGAUUCCUGCCUAGUGUAUUAUGCUAACAUCCUUACAGAUGGAAAGAAGGUCUCUAUAGAAGCUGGCUCUGCGUUGAUUCAAGCUUGCGAGAAGGCCGGAGCGACCGUCCCAAGAUAUUGCUAUCAUGAGAAGCUGAUGAUUGCUGGAAACUGCCGUAUGUGCUUGGUUGAGGUCGAGAAGGUCCCGAAGCCAGUGGCAUCAUGCGCAUGGCCGGUACAGCCGGGAAUGGUGGUCAAGACGAACUCGCCCAUCGCACACAAGGCCCGCGAGGGUGUUAUGGAGUUCCUCCUGGCAAAUCAUCCCCUCGACUGCCCGGUUUGUGACCAGGGUGGCGAGUGUGACUUGCAGGAUCAGUCAAUGAGGUACGGCGCCGACAGGGGUCGCUUCCACGAGAUUGGAGGCAAGAGAGCUGUUGAGGACAAGAACAUCGGCCCUCUUAUCAAGACGUCGAUGAACCGGUGCAUCCACUGUACGCGCUGCGUUCGUUUUGCCAAUGACAUCGCCGGAGCCAACGAGAUGGGCUCGACCGGCCGAGGAAACGACUUGCAGAUCGGCACCUACCUCGAGAAGAACCUGGAUUCCGAACUGUCGGGCAACGUCAUCGAUCUUUGCCCCGUCGGAGCUCUGACUUCGAAGCCCUACGCCUUCCGGGCCAGGCCUUGGGAGUUGAAGAAGACAGAGUCCAUCGACGUCAUGGACGCCCUCGGGGCCAACAUUCGCGUUGACUCGCGUGGUCUUGAGGUUAUGCGUAUUCUGCCGAGACUCAACGACGAUGUCAACGAGGAGUGGAUCGACGACAAGACCAGAUUUGCUUGCGACGGCUUGAGGACGCAGCGCCUGACGCUUCCUUUGGUCCGUAAAGAGGGCAAGUUUGAGCCGAGCACAUGGGAGCAGGCUCUGAAUGAGGUUGCUGAGAACUUUGCCCGCAUUGCCCCCAAGGGUAACGAAUUCAAGGUCAUUGCUGGACAACUUACCGAGGUCGAGUCACUGGUCGCCAUGAAGGACAUGGCCAACAAGUUGGGUUCCGAAAACCUGGCUUUGGACAUGCCAUCGGGUAGCCAGCCCAUCGCACAUGGUGUUGAUGUUCGUUCCAACUACCUUUUCAACUCUAGGAUAGCCGGUGUCGAGGAGGCCGAUGCUAUCCUGAUCGUCGGCAGCAACCCCAGGCACGAGGCUGCUGUUCUGAACGCUCGUAUCAGGAAACAAUGGCUUCGUUCAGACUUGGAGAUUGCUGUUGUGGGCGAGACAUGGGACUCGACGUUCGAAUUCGAGCACCUGGGCACUGAUGCGGCUGCCCUGAAGAAGGCCCUUGCCGGCCCCUUUGGUAAGAAGCUCCAGUCCGCCAAGAGGCCGAUGAUCAUUCUUGGUUCUGGUGUCACGGAUCACCCCGAUGCCAAGGCCUUCUAUGAGAUGGUCGGUGCCUUCGUAGACAAGAAUGCUGCCAACUUCUUGACUCCUGAGUGGAACGGAUACAACGUUCUGCAAAGGUCCGCAUCAAGAGCUGGCGCUUUCGAGGUUGGGUUCGUCACCCCUUCGGCCGCCGUUGCCGAGACCAAGCCGAAGAUUGUUUGGCUUCUGGGUGCGGAUGAUUUCCAAGCUGCAGACAUUCCCAAGGAUGCUUUUGUCAUCUACCAGGGCCAUCAUGGCGACAGGGGUGCCGAGAUCGCAGACGUGGUCCUCCCAGGUGCCGCAUACACUGAAAAGUCCGCCACCUACAUCAACACCGAGGGUCGUGUGCAGAUGACCCGGGCCGCCACUUCGCUGCCUGGUGCCGCCCGCACAGACUGGAAGAUCAUUCGUGCCGCGAGCGAGUUCUUGGGCGUUCCUUUACCCUACGACGAUCUGGCCAUGGUUCGCGACCGCAUGGUUGAGAUCAGCCCGGCCCUGGCUGCCUAUGAUGUUGUUGAGCCGGUGGCUCUGCAACAGCUGAGCAAGGUGCAGCUUGUCGACCAAAACAAGGGGUCGAAGCCGACCAAUGCAGCACUGAAGCACGCCGUUGAGAACUUCUACUUCACCGACGUUAUCUCGAGGAGUUCCCCGACGAUGGCUCGCUGCUCGGCAGCCAAGGAGACAGGCAACCCCAAGACUGACUUCAUGGCUCCUGGCAUGACGGAAGACAAGCCCAUGGGUCAGGUGGCCUACGGAUCUUAG